CUGGAAACGCAAGUGCUUGUUCCCCAAAACGAGGCAACAGGCCACGGUGUUGCGUGCACUAUGUUGGGGGACCCACAAAAGCAAGCACACACAAGCACACCCAAAGCAAGCACAUAAGCAAGCACUGCCAUAGCAAGUGAGGCAACCCCCCCCCCCCGCCGGCUUUCCUUUCUUCCCAUGUUGCCUCGCCGUCGUCAUCCUUCAUUUCCGGCCGUCAGUCAGCAUCCACAUACGCACAUUCGCGACACAUGCACACGUGACCCAAACGCAAAACUUGCGUUGGGGUUGCGAGUUUCCAGGAACGUUGCUGUCAUCAGUGUCAGAAGAGUGCAGGCUUGCUUCAACAUCCGCAUGCAGAAGGCCACUUCGCUGUGGCUUUCCUCGUUUGCUUGCUGCCUUGCUUGCCGCCCCAAGCAUCACCACCUCCACCAACCAAUAGUUUCAGCGUGGCCUUGGUUGUUGGGUGGUGGUUGGUAAACGUGGUCUCCCAGUCAGCCAUCGCUGGUUGUGUGUUGGAAUCGUGCUUGCCAUCCAUUCAGCGCGCCAACACCACCACCACCUGGCUUGCACAAACGGAGAGAUAGACAACCUACCGCACGGCAUCGGCAUUUUCUCCCGAUCGACAACACGACCCGCGCUCCCUCGUUUCCCCCUCCCCCCUGUCUCCACUCAUUUUCUUGUCGCAGCUGCCCUCUACCUCCAGACGACGCACCCACACCAAUACGACGACAAUACGACGCAACCCCUUUCCCAUACCCUCCUCCUCGUCACUCGUUGACCGAGACAGCAGCAGCAGCAGAAGGAAACCUCAUCGCUUCUAGCAACAAACUACAAACAAACAAACAACCUCAACACACCCAGCACACCUGUCUGGCUUGUGUUGUCGCUGGUGCUCCUCCUCCCUCCACACCCCCCCCCCGCCCUAUCAUUCAUCCUCUUCAUCGCCGGCUUGCACCCACAAGAACCAACAUUGGUCUCUUGGCGUUUACCACACGCCGCACACGCCACCAUGAUGAACACCAAGUGCGCUGUCGCCAACCCUUCCACAGCCACAGCAACACCAGCCUCGUCGCCUCGGUACGUCUCCACCCAAGGCACAUACUCCACAGCCAUGGCAGCUCAGCACGGCCACAACACCCACGCUGAGGCCAACCGCCCGACGACACAGACCCGCCCCAAAACCGCGCCCGGCCGCGACAGUAAAUCUGCUUCCGCGCACCUCGCGUCCACGACCUCUGCGACCUCGUCAUCCUCUUCUUCGUCCACACGUGCCCAAGCGCAGACCCCAGAGCCGCAGCAGUACCACCACCACGAGCGCCGCCGCCCAACGUCACCCAUUCCUCGACGCACCAUCAAGAUCAGCUCAGACUACCGCGAGGCUGUCAACGCUGUCGGCGUCGUCGCGCUCGCCAAACACAUCAAGCAGCAGAUUGUCGAGUCCUGGGUGGACUUGAAUGUGUCGAGCCCAGGCGCGCCCGUCGACUUUGUGGCAAAGCACUCGCUGUCCAACGAAGAGUGCGAGCACCUCAGGCGCUCCUCCUCACCUGGGAAGCGCACGCCAUCUCCACCAACACCGUCUGCCCACGCCAGGUCCUCGUCCCCGUCUCUCUCGUCACCGGCACCCCAGGGCCCACCAACGUGGCUGUACCAGGCGGCACGCUCGUGCGUUGGCCAGCAAGCUGCUGCUGCUGCUGACAAGACGACUGCCAGAUCAACCGCAACCGCCACAGCUGCCGACACCGAGAAGCAAGCGGCCGGCGCAAACGAUACGGACAAGCAGCAGAAAGCGGGCAAAGAGGACAAGCAGAGCACUCGCUCCAAACCGACGAACCCCCGCCGUCCGCGCGCAUUCACAUCCACGUACGAGAAGCAGACUUCGAGAACGACAAAGGCCACGCCAACGCCGGCAACAACAACAGCCACCGCGCCGUCCCCAUAUCUGGACGAUCGCGCCACCACAAAGCGGGCUCGCCAGCGCCAGCGCAGCAACACGGGUGCCGCGCCAGCGGCACAGCCCAACCCGCCCGUGCGCAAGAGCAGCUUCCUGCAGCGCAGCGCCUUCCACGGCCGCACAAGCCCCGCCGUCAGGUCGGCCCACCCGACACAGCAUCUCCUCAACAACAAGGUGCACGCGCAACAGGCGCCGCACGCCCGCAUCAAGGCCGCCUUCAAGACAGACGCAUCGCGUCCAGGCACGGCGGGGUCGAGUAAGACGUCUGCCUCAGCCAACACGACAAUGACAACCGACAGCGGCGCCACCACAAUGUCGUCCCCUCUGCCUGCACCCAGGUCGCCGUCGCCUAAGCCCUCGCCACUCACCAUCACAACCUCACCCGCCGCACCCAAGGGCACAGUGCCUUCUCCGCAGCCACACCGCACCGCCACUAGCCCAACCAGCCCGACCACGACCAUCGCUGUCACAGACGCCGACACAACCAUCACAUCCGCCGCCACCAUGAUGGACACGACCAACCCUGGCGAGGCCCUGGCCCUUGAGGAGGCUGUCGACACCAUUGUGGACACGUUUCGCGAUCGCCUGCUGGAGCGCAUCAAUGGCGACCCCGCCUUUCGCGCGCACAUGCUCGCCGUCAUCGGCUAUGGUGGCGCUGCGGAGGAUGCACGCCAGACACCGUGCAGCAGACCGUCGUCACCGCUGCCGUCGCUGUCGCGGCCCACGACGCCAGACACGGUCCGCUUCCCAAAGCUGCGAGGGGCCACCCAACAACAACAACAACAGCAGCAGCAGCAGCAGCAGCAGCAGCAGCAGACAUGCCAUGUUGCAGGAGGCAUGGGGAGCGGCACCACCGCCACGACACUGGACGUCUGCGUGGCCGAGAUGAACAUGAGUGUGCGGGCCACGCUCUCCGCGCUUGUUCCCCCUGCUUCUCCGCCUUUGCAAGGUUCUGUGCUUUCCCCGACAAGCACAGCGUAUUCGCGCCGCGAGCGCCCGUCCACUGCGGGCACAACGACUUCCACCCCUUCCUCGUCACGCUCCAUCACGCCCCUGCUUGAUCGUGAGGAUCGCGGCGUGUCUGAUGACGACCGCCUGUACAUGGCCACCGCCCUCCAGUACUGAUCCAAUGCGUGAUGGCUUCUUCAUGUGUGUGUGUGUUUGUGUUUGUGUGUUUAUUUGUGUGGUUCUGAUUGACUGUGCUAUUUGAAUGCGCUGGCCGCACCUACAUAUCCUGUGUUACUCCUUACAUGUUUUGACCUGAGUGAGCACUUGUUGUUAGUUACGCUUGUGAGUGAGUGAGUGUGUGUGUGUUCGCCACGUGUGCGCGCAGUGUUCACUCUCUUCUUAGCUGUGCCCGUUGACAUUUCGGUCUUGUUGUGAUAUGUGGUGGCAGACACACGCACCGCUUCGCAUUGUUUGUUGCGUCCAUUGUAUGUGACCUUGUGUUCUUUGAAGAGGACGACGAUGAGUGAGUCAGUUCGAUGACAUGACAUUACAACAGUCUUUAGCUGCA